AUGGGAUAUGUACUAUAUUCAAAUAAAACUGAUAGACUAAGAACUUUGAGUGGCAAAAUAAAAAAAAUACUCAACAAAGCUUAAGAUUAAUUUCAAGAGAGACAUUCAAAUAUUUAACAAGGUUACAUUACAGAUUUAAGAUAAUAUUGUAGGAUUGUGACUGCUUGUGAAGAGCAAUUGAUACUAAAUUUGAGUGAUUAUAACUUAGAGUUUAUUGGUGAACUUAUAAAAGUAAACAAUUUUUCUAUAUUAAAAUAGACCUUAUCAGGAUUUCAUCUUUUAUUGAUCUCAAAUCUCCUGAAUUGGAUUUAAUAAUUUGAAUUAUUAUUGACUCCUCAUUCAGGUAAUCUACCUUUCGAACAUCUCCUUGAAUAAAGUCGAAAACAUAAAAAUAGAUUCAACAACAUUAAUGAAAGUGAUGCAGCCAAACAUAUGAAUGAACUACAUGAAUCUAUUCAAUCUCUAGCCUAAAAUAACAAGUAAAUAAUUGACAGUCAUAAUACUGAUAUAUAAAAUCCAAAUUCUGUUGAAAUCAUUGAUUCAGUUACACAAUAACUUCGAGAUAAUAUUAGAAGUAAUUCUAAAUCCAAUUCCAGAAUAAUAUUAUAAAAAUUAUUGUCAAACUAGAAGAAUAAAAAUAGCAUUAAUGAUUAAGAAUAACAAACCAUAUUAAAUUAUAUGGAUGUCGAUUAUAUAGAACAACAAAAUUAAGAAUUAAGAGUAUUUAUUGAUAAUACUAUCAAAUAAUAUGAGGAUAAAUUAAAAUAAUCUAUAAUCUAAUACUAAGAAGCUAAAUUGAUUCUCAAAGCAUAAAAGAUUGAACUUGAACAUUAAUCCACUUUAUUAGAAGCAUAAAAUGAAUUAUUUAAAUAAUAUCAAGAAAAAAAACCACAAUAAACUCUCACUCAUUUUAUAUAAGUACCAACUAUUGCUGAUAAAAAUAAAAGAUUGUCAAUUGAUAAACAAUAGAAAUUUCUAUUUACAAACAUGAAAUUAAGAUCAUCAUCUCUUCCCAGAAUUGAUGGAAGAGAUGAAUCCAUUAUGAGAAAUUCAUUUACAAAAAUUGGUGUUUAAUUAUCUAAGAAUUUAAUUCCAACUUAAGAUGUGAUUGAGAAUUUUAAAAAAUAUUAAUAAUCUCAUGAAUUUAAAGAAAAGGUUGCUAAAGUUUGUUCAUUAGUACAAGUUAAAGUACCAGUUGAUGAAUUAUAAAAUGAAUCAAUUUCUCAUGAAAAUAGAAUAAUGAUAUUCUCAAAACUUUGUUAAGUUCUCAAAGAAAAACAUUAAUCAUGUUUCCCUUAAUGUGAUCAUCUUAAUUUUUUAUAUUGA